AUGUGCAUGACCAACAGAGUGACCAACAGAGUGACCAACAGAGUGACCAACAGAGUGACCAACAGAGUGACUAACAGAGUGACUAACAGAGUGACUAACAGAGUGACUAACAGAGUGACUAACAGAGUGACUAACAGAGUGACUAACAGAGUGACUAACAGAGUGACCAACAGAGUGACCAACAGAGUGACUAACAGAGAGACCAACAGAGUGACUAACAGAGUGACUAACAGAGUGACUAACAGAGUGACCAACAGAGUGACUAACAGAGAGACCAACAGAGUGACUAACAGAGUGACCAACAGAGUGACCAACAGAGUGACUAACAGAGUGACUAACAGAGUGACUAACAGAGUGACCAACAGAGUGACCAACAGAGUGACUAACAGAGUGACGAACAGAGUGACUAACAGAGUGACUAACAGAGUGACUAACAGAGUGACUAACAGAGUGACCAACAGAGUGACCAACAGAGUGACCAACAGAGUGACUAACAGAGUGACUAACAGAGUGACUAACAGAGUGACUAACAGAGUGACCAACAGAGUGACUAACAGAGUGACCAACAGAGUGACCAACAGAGUGACCAACAGAGUGACCAACAGAGUGACCAACAGAGUGACUAACAGAGUGACUAACUGAGUGACUAACAGAGUGACUAACAGAGUGACUAACAGAGUGACUAACAGAGUCACUAACAGAGUGACUAACAGAGUGACUAACAGAGUGACUAACAGAGUGACUAACAGAGUGACUAACAGAGUGACUAACAGAGUGACUAACAGAGUGACUAACAGAGUGACUAACAGAGUGACUAACAGAGUGACUAACAGAGUGACUUACAGAGUGACCAACAGAGUGACCAACAGAUUGACGGACUACUAA